GAAUUAUUAUAAUCUUCAGGUCACUCAGACUAAAUCUGUAGUGCCAUCAUACGCCUGAUGCAGCUUGACUGAAUGGAUUACAUGCAUCACAACCUGUGAAAACACUUUCUUACUCUGUGUAUUUCUUGUUUUUAUUUAAGGAUAAUAUUUUCAAACAAUUUUCCUUUACUUUUAAGAGCUUAGUGUUGCAACGAUAUGUAUUUUUGCGGAAAUUCUUGGACCCCAAUGACUGUGUGAAAUAUGUGGAGCUUAGCUGCGUUACGGAAGGACUACGCAGUUCUUCCAUCACUCCAUAUGGCAUGGAUCUGAGGUUUAAGGAAAAAGUGCACUUUCCAGCAUAGUGCAUCAGGCAUCCGGCAUCCGGCCCUGGGUGAUGGGAGUCCGUGCUGCUGCGGCUCUCGGGAAACUUCCAUCACCCACUGAACGUGUGGCUGGCCUACGGUAUGCUAACCCCCAUCGUGAAGCAACCUGGAAUCCCCUGUCUGCUACAUGGAGCCUGGCUCCUCUGGUUCUUCCUUGCAAACCUCAGUGUCCCUUACAUAGUUCAAGCUGCCGUGUUUAGGGUUGGAGUGUUAGGGCCGUGGUCUUGUGACCCCAUGUUUGCCAAGGCCAUGCCUGGAGUUGCGGCUCAGCUAGCUGUGCAGAGGAUCAACAAGGAUCACUCACUGUCCAUGGGUAUCACUUUUGACUAUGUCAUCCUGGAAGAAGACUGCCAGACCUCAAUGGCCUUGAGAGGCUUUAUGGGUUACUACACACAGGCUUCAUCUUUCUUAGGGCCCAUAAACCCUGGAUACUGUGAGGCAGCUUCUCUAAUUGCCAAGAACUGGAACAAGGCACUGUUCUCCUGGUCCUGCGUGAACCAUGAGCUGGAGAGCUCUUGGCGUCACCCAACUUUUGUCCGCACGAUGCCCUCACCGAUCUGGGUGCUGCGUAUACUGGCACGUCAUUUCCGUUGGGCAAAUAUAGCCAUUGUGGCCUCGGCUGAUGAUGUGUGGAUGGAUACAUCCAACAAGGUAGCUGAUGCCUUAAGAAGCCACGGUUUUCCUGUCAGGAUGGUGCUCUCCACUAGCAAUGACCCUUCCAGUAUACGCCACUCCCUCAGUAAGAUCAAGAAGUUGAAAGAGCUUCGCAUGGUGAUACUCUGCAUGCAUUCUGCCCUGAUUGGUGGGGUAACUCAAAAGCUGCUGUUGGAGACAGCUCUGGACAUGUACUUGACGGAUGGCUCAGUGGUCUUUGUGCCCUAUGAUACACUACUGUACAGCCUACCAUACAAGCAGGUGCUCCAUCCUGCAUUGCGCCGCAAUAGUAAGCUAAGGCUGGCCUAUGAUGCUGUGCUGACAAUUACUAUGGACUCAGAGGAGAAUUCGUUCUACAAGGCCUACCAAGAUGCCAUCAAGUCCAAGGAGAUGCCUGCAAGCAUCCAGCCUCAUGAGGUGUCUCCUCUUUUUGGCACCAUCUACACCUCUAUCAUCUUCAUGGCUAAUACUCUGCAGAACAUUCACAAAUCUACUAGCAUGUUCUCAGGAGCAAAUCUAGCCCGCCACACAGGGAACCUGGUGUUCCAAGGUUUCAGCCAGAAGGUUCGCACCAAUGGCUCUGGAGUUAGCCUACUGAACUAUGUGGUUCUUGAUACAAAUGGUCAGUCCUGGGAGCUGCAUCCCACGUACAGUGUGGAUGUAGAGGCGAACAUGGUUCGGUACCUGGGUGUACCUAUACACUUCCCUGGCGGUGCACAGCCCAAAGCUGAUUCCAGCUGUUGGUUCACUCCUGGAGGACCACUUUGUACCAGAGGGGUGGAUCCUCUCCUGUUGUUUGAGGUGUUCAUGUCAGCACUUCUUGUAAUUGUCCUUGCAACCAGUCUUGGAUAUUGUAUAAGACGUCGCAUCAGUAAGAUUCGAAUGGUUAAAGGUCCCAAUAAGAUCCUCCUCACUCUGGAUGAUGUGACCUUCAUCAACCCUUCCCUCAGUCACAAGAAGGUGAGUCUGGAGGACAGUAAGGCUGAACUGGAGAGACGUUUGUCAGACAUGGACAGUGGAAUGAAUUCACCUCUCUUCGCCUCCAGCCCCACUGAGCCCAGCUAUGAAAACUCAAAUGUGGCCAUAUUUGAGGGCGAUUGGGUUUGGUUGAAGAGGCUGCCAUAUGGACAUUUUGGCUCUAUCAAUCCAAAGACUAGUGAUGUCUUCGAAUUGAUGAGGGACAUCCGUCAUGAGAACCUGAAUCCAUUCAUGGGGUUCUUCCAUGACUGCGGUGUCUUUGCCAUAGUGACUGAGUUCUGCUCUCGUGGAAGUUUAGAGGAUUUGCUUCGCAAUGAAGACGUUAAACUGGACUGGAUGUUCAAGUCUUCCUUGCUGUUGGACCUUAUCAAGGGCAUGAAGUAUCUGCAUCACAAGGGUGUGUGUCACGGGAGACUCAAGUCCCGUAACUGUGUGGUAGAUGGACGCUUUGUACUGAAGGUAACUGACUAUGGCUACAAUGAAGUUCUCCAGGCCCAAAAGUUCCCUUACACAGAACCCAAAGCAGAGGAUUUGCUGUGGACUGCUCCAGAGCUCUUGCGUACUUCUCACCCUGGUCUGUCUGGUACUCAUGAGGGCGAUGUGUACAGCUUCUCCAUCAUCAUGCAGGAGGUGGUGCUGAGAGGACCUCCGUUCUUUAUGCUCCAUAUGCCUGCUGAGGAAAUCAUUCAGAGGAUUAAGAAGCCCCCUCCACUGUGCAGGCCUGUGGUUUCUCCUGAUUAUGCUCCUAUGGAAUGCAUUCAGCUCAUCAAACAGUGCUGGAAUGAGCAGGCCGACCGACGCCCCAGCUUCGACGAAAUCUUUGAACAGUUUAGGAACAUUAACAAGGGGAAGAAAACAAACAUUAUAGACUCCAUGCUACGCAUGUUGGAGCAGUACUCCUCCAACCUGGAAGAGCUCAUUCGAGAGAGGACGGAGGAGCUGGAGAUUGAAAAGCAGAAAACUGAAAAACUGCUUACUCAGAUGCUGCCUCCGUCAGUUGCAGAGGCCCUCAAAGUUGGCUGCACAGUGGAACCAGAGUAUUUUGACAACGUGACGUUGUACUUUAGCGACAUAGUUGGCUUCACUACCAUCUCUGCCAACAGUGAGCCCAUUGAAGUCGUAGACCUGCUCAAUGACCUGUACACCUUAUUCGAUGCGAUUAUUGGAAACCAUGAUGUCUAUAAGGUGGAAACAAUAGGAGAUGCGUACAUGGUGGCGUCCGGUGUGCCUGUUCGCAAUGGAAACCGACAUGCUGCAGAGAUAGCCAACAUGGCACUGGACAUUCUCAGUGCUGUUGGUACUUUUAAGAUGAGACACAUGCCUGAUGUACCGGUCCGCAUUCGCAUUGGACUGCACACGGGUUCUUGUGUGGCUGGCGUGGUUGGUCUCACCAUGCCCCGUUACUGCCUGUUUGGGGAUACUGUAAACACUGCCUCCAGGAUGGAGUCCACAGGGAUGCCAUACCGCAUCCACGUCAGUCACACCACUGUUAAUAUCCUUCUUGAUCUGAAGGAGGGCUACAAGGUCGAACUUCGUGGAAGAACUGAACUAAAGGGCAAAGGCAUGGAGGAAACCUACUGGUUAGUGGGUAGAGAUGGGUUCACUAAACCACUGCCUGUGCCUCCAGAGCUCAAGUCAGGGCAAAUGGCCCACGGCCUGCAGAUGGAGGAAAUAGCCCGAUACAAGCGGAAGAAAGCUGAGGCGGCACAGCUAGCCAAGAAGAACUGAGGCCAGAGACUGCACGAGACUUCAAGCAGGUGCUGAAGAAGGCAGUGAGGAGGCUUUCGCUUGUGAGACACGUGGCCCAGCUGCCCACCGUGGAAGGCACUGAGGAUAAUGUUAUGAUCCACCAUCACUGACAGAACCGGCCCACCAGGGCGUUGUGAAAAACCAUGUCUGCGAACGGCUAAAGUGGACUUUUACAAGAUCCAGAAAUGCAAAAGUUCUGACUCGUUUAAAGUGCAAGUAUUGACUGAGAACAUUUAUUUCAGCUUCUUCCCUUUAUUCCCAGUAUGAGGCAGCAGAUAAGGAGAACACAUGAAGAAAUGACCCUCUACGCAAAAACUUAGGGCAAUGUUCUAGAUCAUGAGAUGCUAGCCAGAUUCAUUUAACUGGAGGUAACAGUGGACAUACAAGAUACAUUAAGCAAGGAGGAUGAGGUAUGUGUGAGUGUCGAAGGGUGAACUGCUUUGCGCACCUGGAGAUUAUACUUCAGUAAGAGGCUCUUCAAAUGAAUUUGGCUGUGUUGUGUUUAUAAAUAGCCUAUGGGACUAUUACACUAAGCCUGAGAGGGAUCAGAUCAGACUCUGUUCUUGGCCAUUAACCCAGUUCACUCAAGUCCAUUGAGUGGCUGCUGGACUAUGUAAGAGGAUCUACCUGAAACUCAUACUGGAGGUGUGUAAAUAGCUCAUUAUAGUUUCCAUAUUAUAUCUCAGAACAAGAAAUGGUACUUGAGUGCAUUAUAGCUAGUAUUUGAGCUGUUUAGGCUUGUUCCUUUUUGGUUAUUGUGUAAGUAAUAUAAGUACUGGUUUGAAGGGAUAUUGCAAAGUGAACAUAAAUACAAUCUUUGUACUUCUAAGACUUCUCAAUCCUGGUCCUGGAGGCCAAUUGUUCUUGGUCAUUUAGUGUUUUCUCUGCUCCAAAACACCCACUUCAACUUGUACUGUGUUCAGGUGCUUGAAGGAAGGUUGUAUAUACCACAUGGACUAACUAGUACAAAUGACCUGCUUGGAUGCUUGUUGGACGAUAACAGCCACCACAUGGAAAAAGAAAGCAAGGAGAUCCAGACAAUAUGUGUAGUCAUAUGCAAAUGUUUGUGCAUCCCUGGUCAAAUGACAUGUUU